UAAAAGAUGGGGAUUGUUUAGAUCACAAAACUGGAACCAAAGGUCGAUGUGUUGUCGCGGCUAUUACCAAUUACACUGAUCAGCUCCUCGACUAUGCCACUCAAACUGAAUCUCAAUAUAACUUCACUCAAGCUCUUCUAUUCCUUUCACAUUUUAUGGGAGACAUCCAUCAGCCUCUUCAUUGUGGUUUUGUCUCAGACAAAGGAGGCAAUGAAAUUAACGUUCGUUGGUACAAAAGAAAACAAAAUCUUCACCAUGUUUGGGAUGUUAGCAUAAUUGAGACACAAGUUGAAAGAUUCUAUGACUCGGAAUUAGGCGAGUUCGUUAAUGCAAUUCAACAAAAUAUUACGAGAGAAUGGGCUGAUCAAGUACAAAAUUGGGAGACUUGCGGAUCUAAGGACAUCCCAUGCCCUAUUACAUACGCUUCUGAAAGUAGUAAAAACGCUUGUAAAUGGGCAUAUGAAGAUGCAGAAGAAGGUUCAACACUUGAUGAUGAUUACUUCCUGUCACGUUUACCAAUUGUCAACUUGCGAUUAGCUCAAGGAGGAGUUCGAUUGGCUGCAACUCUAAAUCGUAUCUUUGACACACAAUUAGCCGUUUCAAUGUAA